CAAAGCUUAAACCUUCGUCUUCUUCAUCGUCACCUGCAAAUUUAUCUCCGAAUCGCAAUCGCCAUAGUUUCCACUUUCCAGGCUCUGGAUUUUUCCCGUUCGAUUCACUUGCCAAUGAGAUUAUGGUUACGAAGCUGCUCCUGAGGCCUCAGUCACUUCCCCUCAUCGCCUUUUCACCGAAAUUUAUCUUCCCUCACAAGCGGUUCCUUCCGGUAUGCUUCAGCUCACCGUUCUCCUCUGCCCAAUCCCAAUUCUCCGACCACAGUUUCUCCUAUGGACCUUCUCUUUGCAAGGGCGGCCAUCCGAGUCCACCGGUAUCCAGACAGCCGCAAACAGAGUGUUCUCAGUCCAUCCUCAAGACCGUAGUCGGAAAUCCGGAGAGGGAGCGCUUAGAGAACGAGGAGAAUGAAGAAGUAUUAUUCAAUGGAGAUGCAUUCACUCGAGUUUUCGACGUAGCAGCACUCCGAGUCCCUUCCAAAGGCUGUUUCGAACUGGAGAAUAGGCUGCGCGGCCACCUCUUGAAUUGGCCUCGGAUUCGCAACAUUGCUAGAGUUCCCGGCGAUGAGGUCGAGGCCGAGCUGGUGGAGCUUGUGGGAGAGCAGAAUUGGACCAAUUCCGAUGACGGAGAUGGAACUAAUAUUGAUUCGUUGCACCGGAGAAUUUAUGGGAAAGCUGAGGGUGAUGGGGAGCCUCUGAGUCCGGUUUUGUACAGGGAAAAACUAGUGAAAACGUUCGAAUCAAAAGGAUAUGUGAACUUCAGACACUUGGCGAAAAUAUCGAGGCCGAAGAAGAAGAAGGAGAAGGAGGAUGAAGGGAUGAAAAGAAUGGGGAAAAAUGAAUUUGCCGUAGUGGAAGUUGUGGAAAGUGAGGAACUGGAAGUGGAGGAUAUGAAGGGAUUGUUGGGAGAUGAAUUUAAGGGUGGAAAAUGGAGGGGUUCGACUAGAUUGUUGCUUCUGGAUGAACGAUAUGCAGACAAAGGGGUAGAAGAGCUUCCGGAGGCGAUUAAGGCUCUGCUGAAAGAAGAUACACAAGAAAGCAAGAAUCCGACAAUUGAGCUUGUGAGGUGCAGGCUUACUCUGUUUUAUGAUUAUUGGCAGAUGAAUGAGGUUUUGGAGGCCCUGCUUCCUAAGGAUAUGAUUAUUCCUUCAGCCUUUGAAACCGUUGGACAUAUUGCACACCUAAACCUUAGAGAUGAACAUCUCCCAUACAAGAGGCUUAUUGCCAAGGUUGUUUUGGAUAAAAAUAAGCCAAAGAUACAAACAGUAGUGAAUAAGAUUGAUGUCAUCAACAAUGAUUACAGGACAAUGCAGCUUGAAGUUUUAGCUGGGAAUCACUCUCUCGUGACCAAAGUAGUUGAGAACGGUUUACGAUUUCAUUUGGAUUUGGCAACAGUGUACUGGAAUUCUAGGCUUGCAACUGAGAGACAAAGGCUACUAAGUGGCUUUACCUGCAGUGAUGUUGUUUGUGAUGUCUUUGCUGGAGUUGGUCCAAUAUCCAUAUCUGCCGCAAGAAUAGUGAAGAAAGUAUAUGCUAAUGAUUUGAAUCCCUACGCGGUUGAGUAUCUGGAAAGAAAUAGUGUUGCCAAUAAGCUCGAAAGGAAGAUCGAGGUUUUUAACAUGGAAGGAAGGAGAUUCAUCAGUGCUAUGUUUGCUAGUGAGAAAGCUGCUAAAAUAACACAAGUUGUCAUGAAUUUGCCAAAUGAUGCUGCUGAAUAUCUAGAUGCUUUCAAAGGGAUACUAAGAGACCGACCAGAUGCUAAAUUUACGUUGCCAAUGAUCCAUGUUUAUGGAUUCUCAAAAGCUCGGGAUCCCGAAUUCGACUUUCAUGAGAGGAUAAGAAUUGCACUGACUGAGGUUGCAGUUGAUGUUGAAAUGCGAAGGGUCCGACUUGUGGCGCCAGGAAAAUGGAUGUUGUGUGCUUCAUUUAGACUUCCCACAAGUGUAGCUUUUUCAAAGCGUAGACUUAGUAUGUAAAAAUUGCACACAAACCAGUUAUUUUUAUAUGGUAAAUAUUUUUACACUAACAAUUGUAAAAGUAUGACAUUUUUUCCAGUAGUGUGUAACAUUUACAUUUUUAAACCCCUUGAAAUCUAAUAGAUUUCUGAUCA